GGGGGCCUAUCGAUAACCGAUAAGCCAUCGCUGCCAGCAAAUAUUUUUUGGGGCCAAGAGGAAAAUACGUGUAAUAUUUACAAUAAGCAAAUCGAAAACAAUCUAGUCGAGCCGAAAUCCAAAUGGAAACGCCCACGGCCGAUGAUCUGUUGCAGUUCCGCGACUACAGCGGCGGUGCCCCGGCCCAAAUCAAUGUCAAUUCCCCAACGCACGGCGGAUCGGGCGGCUCUGGUGGCUCCGGUGGUUCCGGUGGCGGUGGUGCCAACGCACAGCGACAACGCGGCGAUCCUCUGGCGGAUCUCAUCUACGACAUGACCUCCUCGGCUCAGGGAUUUGCCGGUGCUGCAUCUCCGGACGGCUCCCAGCCGCAGAACUCCUCGCUGGACGGAUCCGGUGGUGGUGCUGGCGGUGGUGCGAAACUGUCACUGUUUACCAUCGAGUACUACCAGCAGUUCUUCAACGUGGACACCUAUAUGGUGCUCGAGCGAAUCGCCAACUCCAUGAUACCCAAACGCGCCGCUGGCAACUAUCUGCGCAUGAACAUCGGCGAGAAUCCGGAUCUGUAUGGACCAUUCUGGAUUACCGUCACCCUGAUCUUCUCCAUAGCCAUAAGUGGUAACAUUGCCAGCUAUUUGCAGCAAGCCACUGACAGCUACAAAUGGCACUACAACUUCCAUCUGGUCUCCUAUGCGGCUACCUCCAUCUUCUUGUACGCCAACAUCCUGCCGGCCGUUCUGUGGGCCCUCUUCAAGUACAGCCUGAAGCCCGUGGAUUCCGCCGAUGCCGUCGAAACGGACAGCGCCAGCUAUACGCCGAGUCUCUUGUCGCUGAUGUGCAUCUAUGGAUACAGCCUGGCCAUCUAUAUACCAGUCUCCGUUCUCUGGGUGAUCAAUAUCUCUUUGCUGCAGUGGCUGCUAGUGAUCACCGCCGCCUUGCUUUCUGGCACGGUUUUGAUUGCCGUGCUAACGCCAGCUCUGCGAAACUCGCAGUUCUCGUUGUUCCUCAUCGUGGGAAUCCUGAGUGCCCAUGUAGUGCUGGCCGCCGGAUUUCUACUUUACUUCUUUCACAAUCCCACAGUCUUGCCGCUGGAUGCAGCUGCUCCAGAACCAGCUGCGCCAGCUGCACCUGCUGCCCUGAAAGCCGUGACCCAGGCGGUUGUCAACGCAGUGCCCGGCAAUCAGACCCACUAGAAAGCAUUCCGCAAUAAGCAGUUCGUCAACGUCGCUGACCUUUGCUGUAAAUUAAGUUGUUCUUAUUUUUAUAUUCGCUAAAGAGCUGAUCGCAUUGGUUGCAUCUUUGUGCUUUGUAUUUGACUUUCUCUAUCUUUUGGCGACUGUAUAUUUAUAUUAAAUUAGAGGUAGAAGUAUGUGUAAUACCAAAAAAAAAAAACAAGAAAAUAUCAACACAGAAACAAAAGAAAUCGGUAGAACUUUUCGCUGGAGUAGUAAAAAAUUAAACAAAUUUGUCAAAGUUUUACGAAAGACAUAUGUUAAUCAUGCCAUCAUUAAAAAUUGUAAAUAUAAUCCAAAAA